GCCUACAUAUAUAUAUAUAUAUAUAUAUGUUAAUAUAUAGCUACAUCAGCACGAGAGUUGUGACUUCUGCUCACGGCGUAACACGCAUCUUCGUUUCGGUUUGUGUCUGUGUGUGUGUGUGUGCAGUCGUUGCCUUCCUUUCUUUGUCUUCUUACGAAUCAUUACUGUUGCUCCCUUUGCUCUUUCGCGGUUUGGUAGAGAAACGCGAGAAGAAGAAAGAAAAAGACCAUAAAACGAAGAAGUCGCGUUUGGUAGCUCAAAGACAGUUACUACAGCGGUGAAUAAGAGAAGAGGAGGCAACACGAUAAUCUCCCAGUCAUGAUUCAAUAAGGAAGCGGCGCGUCGUGUGCGUGUUUGCCACUCGUAGCGAAGAAGAGCAGCAUCUGCGUUCAUCGCGCCUGUAUCUGUCGUGCUUUCUCUUCUUCCUCUUUAUUCUCCUUCAGCCUAAGUCUCAUUGCCGUACCACUCGCUUGUUCAAGAAGAUAACAUAGUAAUCAUUAAUAUAUAUAUAUAUAUACUUGGAAAGCGAAGGUGAAGUAGAAUAAGGACGUCCGAAUAAUAAAUCGCCUAAAACACAAAAGAAAAACCUGCAUACGCCGAAAGAGCCGCUUUGCUUGUCUGUGAGUGAGAGGGGGGCGGCGCUGUCGACUCCGAAUAACCUUACAUAUCUCUCUACAGCUUACCUUCUAUUUCUUCUGGGGACGGCAGCUACGUCAAACAUAAAAAAUACCUGCGGUGUCGCGAGUCAUCUGGCAUUCGCACAACGCAACAACAACAGAAAAAAAAGAAGAGGACCGUGUGUAUCAUUGGAUCCUUUUCUCGUUUCUUAUAGUUGUCUUUGACUAUUGUUUUUAUUAGUAGUACCUCUACUACUAGUAAUAUUAUUAUUAUUAUUUCUUUUGCUGCUGCUGCUGCUGCUGCUGCUUUGUUGUUGUUGGCGCAGAAGGUGCCCUCCCAUUAGUUCACGCAUCUGCUCAGCAUCAUCCCCACCCCACACCCCGGCCUUCUUCUUCUCCAAAAAAGAAGCAAAGGUCCUAUUCGCCUUUCAUAGCGCGGAGGUGCGAGCUUACGUACGAGAGGGGGGGAAAGCAAGAUCGAGAGCGGUUACCGCAUGUAUUCUUCUUUUCUUUUUCUUUGGAAACCGUUUGUUUGUUCUAUUUUCGAUUAUCUUCUACUCUUCCUCGCUUUACGCUUUAGAGGCGUUGAGCAAGAAGGACUCCUUUAAAACGUGUGCAUUGUCCUCUUCCAGAUCGCUUACUGUCUCUGCUUUUCAGGCGAGGCUACUUAAAUUCUGUAUGUGUGUGUGUUUGUCAACUCUUUGUUUGUUUGUUUUUUAGAGUCGUUGCCCGGGCGAAAGCGAUUGCCUUCUUACUAGUUUUUUCCUCUUUCUCUUUCUCUUUCUUUCACUACUGCAAACAAAAUUGUACUUUAUUUCUCUUUUCUUUUCAUUCCAGUACGAGGGUGUGCGUACUUUAUGUUUCUCGUCGGUGUUUUUCUAAACUCCUUUCGCGUACACCACACAAAGAAACCCACGCGAGAGGAACGACUUGCUGGGUCAGCGCCGAAGUAAAACGCGUGGUCAUAACAGCAUCUCUUGAAGAGAUUGUAUAUUAUUAUUGUGUCGAGGGCGCGUCUCCGCUGCGGCCUUUUUUGUUUGUUUGUUUGUUUUCCUCUCUGUCUGUCUGUCUCUCUGUGUGUCUGUGUGUUUCCUUUCACGUGCAUCUGCGGUUCUUUCUUCCCUCUUUCCUUCGCGCCUUUUGCCGGUUCUCUUCGGAAACCGCACAUACACCGAAAAGCUAUUCUUUUCUCUUUUCUCUUUCCUUUCUUGUUUAGUGUGUUGCUUGGCUCCUUCGAGGUUUUGACCUCCUCUUUCUUUCUCCCUCCACCCUCCUUCCCCCUCCGCCCAACUUUCUCUCUCACCUUCCACCUCUCUUUCUUCUAUCGCAGUCAACGCGUCCGCUUCGCACGUGUCAUCUUUUCCCCUGCUGCUGCGGCUUGAAGCCGAGACGGUACUGCAGCCAACGAACCUGACCAUCUCACGUCACUUCUGUGCUUUCUUCUGCUUUGUGGCGUUGGUUUUUAUCUCUCUUUUCAGAUUUUGAAGGUGUUUUCCACCUUCACACAGUCAUUGCUGAUUUCAAUCAGAUUUUAUUGCUGCUGCGGUCGCUUCUGUUUUCUGCUGCGUAGACGCCGAACGAGGCAGUGGAACAACACGCUCCAGCACUCUCGUCGCAGGUGGUAUUUCAACGUGUGUGCGUGCGUGUGUGUGUGUGUUCUCCUGCCGUCUUCUGCGAAGCUGGCACUUCUGUUUAGUUCACCGAAUACCUCUACCACCGCCACCCUUCUUUUGAGUCCUUGCACCCACGAGGAUAAAUAGUUGUAACGCCAAUCGAAGCACUUCUUCUUCAUCAUCUCUUGUUUUCCCACCUCUGAUUCGGCCCCCGACGGCAGCGUUGACGGCGCGUCCAACAGAGAGCCCCAUCCCUCGCCGCCUUUCUUUCCACUUUCGCCUGUUUCUUUCUCUGUUCUGGCACGGUCAGUGUCACCCCUAGCAAACAAGAGAAUAAAACAAAGAAAAAAAUCCCGGCCCUUCUCCUUCCUUCCUUCUUGUGUUUUUCUCUUUUCUUCUUUCUCCGCCUUCAUUUUCGUCCUACUCCGCUACGCUGUGGAUAUUUGGUGCCUUCGAUUCAACUGCCUCAGCUAACAGAAAAAAUAUUUCGUGUGUUUUUUGUUUGUUUGUUUGUUUUUUUCUCUCUCUUGUGUAUUGCUAGUCGUACUUUGAAGUUCAUUCACACCGUGUUGCUCAUAACUCCUUCUAUCUCUCUAUCUCUCUAACUAUCUUCCGCCGACCUUGUCCCGCGAAGGGCAAGUCAUUGUUGUCUCCCCAGUAGGCUUCCUAGUGUCACUACAGCUGUUGUGCUUGGUAGCGCGGUAAACCCUCUCCCCAAUCAUUGUUUGUUUUGGUGCUAUUGAUUUUGCUUUUGUUUCUUGUUCUUUCCCGCUUUCCCUCACUCUUACCAUACCCUUCUUAGUUUCUUACACACAAAUAUAUAUAUAGAUACGUAUAUACACCUUGCGCUGUAGUCGCACCGUAACACCGCCAGUUGUGGUGUUUUCACUUUUUUUUUCCCCUCUCCUUUGGUUACCUCAAUAAUUACCUCACCUCUCCUUCUCUCUAUACAUAUAAAUAAAUAUAUAAUAGCGCCAUACUACUCACGUUGUAUGCCUCUCUUGGACAGUUGGGGAGGCGCUUUCUCAUGCUUCUGCGUGGCCUCCAGUUUUUAGUUCGAUAUAUCUAGUUAGCUCUCCUCCCGUCUUCAUCAACGGCGCUCGUGUCCGUUUUCUGUGGGAGCAUUUUCCGUUGUCGCUCACACUUCUCACCUCGCGUUUUACGUGGUUGUGGGUGUGUGUGACUGUGUCUCUUGAUAUACCCGCCAUCGUCUUUACCUUCGUUUUGUUUAACGUAGAAGUUAAGUAUCAUUCGGUGAGCAUACGUUGAGAGUAUUUGUCUUGCGGUUUUUUGUUCUUCCCUUUUCCUUUUUGGAAGUUGAUUGGUGCGUGGCGGAUCUUUUGAAUACUAUGUAUGUAUCUUUGCUGUUGUGACUGGGUCCUUUUAAACUCGUCUUUCUACUUUGCAAAUUUCAAGGCGGUUACGUAUUGCUCCCUUCGCAGCUGGACUCUUUAAGCGUGGCAGCAGCGUGGAUAUAAACUGCAGCGAAAGUUUUUUUACUUGUUUCUCUGUUCUGUGGUUGGUGUUGUUUGUUUGCUGUUGUGGAUCGGUUCAGCUUUGACAUUCCUUUGCUUUGGGAUUAGGGAUCACCCUCUCGUCUCGGAAGAAGAGAGAAAUAAAUAUCAAUGGCGCACCGCCUCUCCCCUUCCACCCAGGACGGGGGGAACAGUGCCGUCAACCCCGCCCCCACGCCUUUUCUCAGCUCCCACUCCUCGCAGGCCUCCAUCGACCGCCACCAGCACAGCGACAACAACACAUCGGCGAACAGCGCGACGGUAGAGUCGUCGUUGUCCACGCACGGCGCCGCGCUGUCAAUGGAAAGCGCGGACGUGCUGCGUCAUCACCUGGGCGGAGCUGCGCCGGUAGGAGCGGGGGUCAGCACGUCGCGUCUCGCUGUCACGCCAACCUCCGACGUGUCCUCCUUCGCCACCUACGCCAUCUCGAACCGCUCCUCGAUGCACCUGCGCGCGACGGUGACAUCGCAGCGGUCACAGCAGCAGCAGCAGCAGCAGCAGCAACAGUCGACUUCAUCACGCGUGCUGUCCGUGUUCGACGACACGGCGUCCUCGGCGAGUCGCUCCGAAUCGCGGCAGCGGCGGUUUGGCGGCGCCUCGCCCAAGCGGUCGGCGGCGGAGGCUCUACGCAGCACGCCACCGAUGCGGCCAACGUCUACAUCGUCGCCGUCUACCACCUUGCGGGAGCUGGUCGGGUGUAGUAGUCUUGGCAGUGUCACCAGCGCGGAGUCGAACCGCAAAACCCGCAGACACCACAUCGCACGCUCCGUAGUAACACCUGUCGGGGGCAGCAAGAUUAAGAACAAUAGCAUUGGUGCUAGUGGUGGUGGUGGUGGUGGUGGUGGCGCCGUUGACGGGCACGUCUCUCCCUCAUUCGAGCACCUCGACAGCAUCUCUCCCCAGCUGCUCUCGCCGUACUUGAAUACCUCGCUGCCCAACACUACGAACGGCAGCGCUGCGUAUCCGCGCUCUUCGGAACUGGUGUUGCUCAGCGGCCUCAGCGCAGCAGCAAGUAGUGCUGCUGGUGGUAGUGGUGGCGGUGGUGGUGGUGGUCGAGAUACGUCAGGCUGCUACAUCCAGGUGCCCGGCUCACGACGACGGGCAACAGACCCUUCAAGGCAGCAGCAGCAGCAGCAGCAACUCCCUCAUCAGCACCCUUGCCCACGCAGCACCAGCAGCAGCAAAAAUGGCUACGGUGACAGCCACUUUUCACUCCCCCACAUGCCCUACCGCAAUGAGGCGCAGAACACGCCGGUUGAGACGGAGGUGACGGCGGCACCUGUCGUUGCUGAUGCGAGGAAGGGUAAUCCCAGGGGCGGCACGACGUCGCACGAGUCCCCGCUGUUCUGUGGACGGCAGAACUUUAGAAGCCUGUCCCCCGGACCCGCGUCGGUUGCCGCCGCUGCACCCGUGCCGGUGACGGGGGAUCCGAAAGAACGAAAGCAAAGUUCGCUGUCGCAGCCGCAACUUGCAGGAGAGGCGCAGGAGAGGCAGCACGGCAGCGUAGCGCCGAUCGCCACAGCACCAGCGACCACCGCAACAGCAACGAGUAGCAGUAAUGAGGCGCGUCGUGCACCGCGUAACGCACCGAGCCCCAAGAAGAAACCGCAGCGUGCGGCAGCAGCAGCAGAGGGGCAGGAUGCAUGUUCACAGCCCUCACAACCGCUCUCAUUGAGCGACGACAGCGACAACGACGACACGAACAGCAGCAGCGCAGAAGCCGCACAGAAGGCGUUGAAUUUGUUUCAACUGCCGCUGUCGGCGCUGCUGAGCUCCACGACCCGCGAUCCGGCAGAGGUGUCGCGCACCGUGCCGCUACACUCCACCUCGGCCGCCUCUCGCCGGUCGAACGCCUCCGUGCGAGGCAACAGCGUCAUCAGCGGCGGCGUGGCGGCCGCUAGUAGAAGUGUGCGGACUCCGUGCAGCUUGGUCAACAGUGGCCACGGGGAUGAAGAUAGCACCUGCGACAACAAAACCUUAAGCAGGGCUAGCGGGAGCAUCAACGCCGCGCCUACUACUGCUGCUACCGCUGCCGCGCCGGUAGCGGGUCAGGCAAAACGGCAGCCAGCCACGCGGCGAAAGUUGCGACGGCACGACCUACCACCGCUGCGGGCCUCCCCGGCACAGCCGCCGGCCACUAGAACUACAACAGCAAACACGAACGCACACGUGGUGGCGCCGCUCACCAGAUUCGCGUCGAACAACACGAAUUCAAACACGGCCACCUCUGCAAAGAUGUUCUUCCCGACGGUGGUCCCGGCAGAGCGGCACCGCUACGACACGAGCGUGCACGAGGGCUCGCAGCUGAAUGGAGUGAUGAGUGCGAGGCACAACCUCUGCGGCGUUAGCUGCAGCACCAGCGUGACCAACAGCAAAGGAGACGAGCUCGCGGAGAGAAACGUGAUAGCUGAAGCCGUGCAGCUGUGCCUGCGGUCUCCUCCUCCAACCUCACCGACGAAGCAGCCACGGCAGCGGCAAAAUCGAUGUGCGUGUAAUCGACGCCAGCGCCCCAGUCCGAAAAGCCCACCAUCACCGUUAGCUGGUCCUGCUUCUCGUUUGCCGACCUCGGACGCGACGGAGGCAGUCUCUGAUGGCGUAACGAGCUCUAUUGUGAAUGUUGACGUCGACCGCAGCAGCAGCAGCAGCAGCAGCAGCAGGAGCAACAGCGACCUCGCCAGCACUAUGCGCAGCGGAACACAACGCAGUCGAACCACGACGAUCGGCACACCUUCCUCCGCGUCUGCUACCACGGCGACGCCGAAGGUGGGCCGAGCCGCCGCGAAGGUCGACGACGCGGCUGCGAUGUGCACCUCGCACUCCACGCGGCGCUUCGUGCUGCGCCGUGUCGCACCGCGUGGGAGACCACCGCCGAUGAGUUUGCCGAGAGCAACGCCAACAGCGACAGUAGCAGCUACGAAAGAUGAGACCGCGUGUGUACGGGAGCAAAGAAACGGUGCGGGGGGGAGCAGCACAUCGAUCCCAACGACAGCAGCGGCGCGGCGGCAGGAGGGGGAGGAGGAGGACUCGCUGUCGUGGUCGAACCAGAGCGCCUCUGGACCUUUGUAUGCUUCCGCCACGAUGGCCUCCCCGCCACACCCAUCCACCUCACCGUCGCAUGAGCGCAGGCAGUCUUCCCAGCAACAACAAGAGCAGCAGCAGCAGCCGUCGUCGUCGUCGCUCUGUGCAUCGGAGAGCCCAUCCGGUGCGCUUGCACGUGUCAGUCAGUCCCCCGCCGUACCGCCGCUACCUCGUCGGAGGGCGCAAAGAGUGAACGCAUCCACACCGGUCGCGGCCUCGGUCUCCGUCCACUCCGCCUCGACGACGAUGACGACGACCACCACCACCACUGCCUCUGCGACACGGAGCGGGGCGAGGGUCAGCUACACGAAGCGUCGCCUCAAGUCACGAGCCGUCGUGCAGUCACAACAGCAACACCAGCAACACCAGCAGCACCAAACCACGCCGCUGAGCGUCUCCCCCACCGCCUCCUUCGGCUCCGCCCUCCCCCAGCAGCUGCAGCAGCGCCCACCACCGAAUCUUUCCAUCCCUUCCGCUUCUCUGUCGCGCACGCAGCUGUCACCGCCGGUCAUCAGCCCACACCCCUACCCCGGUCGGGUGUUGACAUCCGCCAGCAUGCGAUUGAGCCUCUCCGGGCUUGCCGCGGGAGCCUCGGUGAUGGGAAAGGCAGCCGGCGCGUGCUUCUCCCCUGCCCCGCGGCUCGCCACGCCGCUGCCACGUGAGGCGUCUCUGAGGGUCUCGUCGUUGUCUUCGUCCAUGUCGGCGUCGCAGCAGCUGCAGCGCCGAGCGGCGGCGGCCUCGCUAGUUGUUGCCUUCAUGUGUGGUCACAGUCUCGACGACGCCGUCGUGCACGCAGCGGACACUCCCACCACCACCACCACCGCCACCGCAGCAACCAUGGCAGAACCUGUCAAAGCAGCGGCGCCGCGUCCACGUUACCUACCACGAUUUCGCGGUCAAAGGCGCCAUCCGUACUUGCAGCCGAGCGCGUCCACGGCGAAGGCAGCCCCACGCGGCGGUGAUUCCCCACCACUGCGACAACCACAGCAACAUCGCCACGAAGAGGGCGUUGCGUUACCGGCCGAACAGACCGCGGAUGCGGGCGCUGUCGUGAUUCGGAGAAAACUCCAGCCGAUCACCGCGUCCUUCGGCGCAGACCCCGCAAGAGCGACCGCAGCACAAGGACGGCCACCGCGCCCGUAUCCGCCAACACCGCCCACGAGCAUGUCCGUCUCUCUCACUACGAUUGUGAUUCACAGCAACGCCGCAGUGGCUGCCGCGCUAUCCGCGGCAGCGGCGGAAACGACGUGUGCGGUGUCCGCCGCCACAGCGGCCUCCUCCUCCGCAUCCUCUUCUGGCACUAUCAUGAACUCGACCCCUAGCGUUCUCUUGCAAGUGCAAUCCAGCAGCACUGUGCCGGGACACAGCACGCCGCAUUUAUUGAGCGAAGAAGUGGAAGAAGGACGUGGGGACGUGGUCGCGAUGACGCUGCUGAAGAGCCCGAAGGCGGUGAUGCACAAGGGUGGUAGCGAUUCAGAAGCGAAAAGCAGCAGCCACCAUCAUCAUGAUGGUGGAGAUCAGCGACAGGCAGCGCCAGUGGACGUCUCACUGGAGGAGGUCACGUGUUUUCCUCCGACCUCCUCGGCACCGCAGAAAAGCGACGCCCGACUCCCUUCAUCUCGUGUUGACACGCGUGAUAUCGACGAGACGCAGCGUCAGCAGCAGCAGCAGCAACAGGGACGGUCGUCGACGCAAAAGGAAGCGGCCAACACGCCAGAGAACGUGUCACCCACGUCAGCGAUGUCGUGUCCAGUCGUUGUGAUGCACCCGCAGCGUCGUCGCGCUGGCCCUCCGAGAGACAACUUCGCGGCGUCUGCAGCGCAGGCUGACAAACAGGGAACGCACGACGCGGCGAACGGCAGCACCGCACCGACCACGCCCACACAGCCUCGUCGCCACAAGACGACUGUGGAACCGGUGAAGGACGACAGCAACGGCGACGACGACGACGACACGAACAGCCGCCAAGGAAGCGCGGCAUCGCUCAGCGCGACACAGGCCCGCAACUCCGACGCAGGAACGCAAGAGUCGUCGUUGUCGACGUCUCCCACGUUGCCGCAGCUUCGCCAACACACGGGCAGCGACGUAGCCGCUUUUCUCUGCACAGCGGUGCCGUCGAUUAAUGCGGAAAAGGAGAAAACGCACUGUGAUGGCGCACCGGCGACGGCUGUCGCAGCGGCUGUCACGACGACGCCGACCGCUACCGUUUGCUUCCAUCGUAGCGCAUUCUACCAAUUCUUUGCCGGUGGUAGUGUCUCCGAUACUCAUACUAGCUGUGGCGGCACAUUCUCCUCUAGGGCAACUCCCCCGCUGUCAGCUACUAUUUCUACGGCGAUGGCCAUGGGAACAGCGUCAUCCGCUUUCUCUAGCCUCGAGCACAGCUCCCUCCACAGUAGUACCCUCACAGCAGCAGCAGCAACAACGGUGGUCCACGAAGGGCUCGUGAAAGGUCCGUCCGCCAGCGAGCUGGUCACCGCCUCGGUGGGCUGCAGCAACGACAACAACGGUGGGGGUGACCGCGGCGGUGUAGCUGUUGUUUUAUCCGCCUCAUCUCCCAUGACGUGGCCUCCGACAUCGCGGUGUUCGAGCGGCACCGCCAACCCGCGCGACCUGACCGCCACGCAGGAGGAGGACAACGGGAGCUGUCGCCAUCUGUCACAUACCCGCCCGUCACCAACGCCCUGGCUCGCGCUAGCGCCGUCGUCGCUGAGCGUUGCCGGCGUCGCGUUAGCGCCGUCAUUGGCGACCGGUGCAGCCGGGCCUGCGGUCGAUGUUGUUGCCGCGGGGGAUGCCGUCAACGGCGUGCGAAGUGGGGACAACGCCCUGGCCACGAUCACGUCGCUCGGCACACCGUGUUCAUCGAAGCCGUCUCAGCAACAGCAGCAAACGACCUCAAAUGUGCUUUCGGUGCUUUCCGCCGGCUCUAGAAUGCCGCUGCUGCAGCCGGCAGCGCUGAUGGCGGUGGCCACCAACUCACUGCGUGCCUUCUCCGUCCCGUCCUCCUCGAUGCGGCCGCUGGCGCGGCGGAGGUGGACGAGUGCCGUGGCGGUGCAGGAAGGCUCCUCCGUGUUGUCGCGGCGAAGUUCGCUAUUCAAGCCGCACGGUAGAGCCGACUCAGCCGUACACAGGGGGAACGAAAGUGAAGCGGUGCGAGGGUCUGCUGCGGCAAUAAGCGCGGGAGUCCCUGGCAGGAGGGAGGACCAAGCAGCUACACAAACAAUAGCAGCUCCUGCUGCUGCAGCUGCUGCAGUGUUGACCGCAGAGUCCACUGCAGAGCCUCCGCCGCUCCCGGUGAUGGAUCAGAGCGAGAUUGGUCAGCUUUGGAUGGAGGUGUGCGCGUCGACGCCGAAGGCGCUGGAUCGCCGGUGUCAGUCGCGCCGCGGUGUACUCGCACGACAGCGACAGCUCUCCCCACGGGCAACGACAUCCCUGUCCUCCGUCGCUGCCGCUGCCGAGGGCGACAACAGCGUUGAUCUCCGCUACGACAACGACACACGCAAUCGUGCAGGCCAACGUCGAUCCUCCCGCAGGAGUCCGCUGUGGGCGGGGCACCGCCGCAGCAGCAGCAACAGCAUCAGUCCCGCCGCCCCGGUGGCGCUCGUCUGCGCGUCCGACGCGGAAUCCCCCACGCCGGCCAGCAGCUCCAGCGGGACAGCCGGCGGCACCAACGCCAACCGCGAUGGCACCCGACUCUCCUUCCCCAGCGUUGUCGCCAUGCUGAACUUCGCCACGCACGACGACGACGAUGACGAGCUCGGCGCGGGGCACCGCGGCCACGACAGGGAGGCCUUCUCCGCCUACGACGUGGACAUGGAGGAAAUCUUACGAGCGAAGGCGGAGGCGAUGCGGCGGACCGGUCGACGCCCGAGCGCGCGAAAGCCGCCAGUGAUUCGCACUCGCGCCGCUGCCCACUUCUCCGGGGAUGCGGGCGAGACCACCGUGAAGCCGUGUUUGCAGCCGACCUCGUCCUUUACGCGGAAGCGGCGGGACUGGCGGUCGCACGGCUCGCCGCACCACCGGCAGGGCAGCGACGGGUCUUCCGCGGAAGUGCGAGAGGAGGACGGCGAGAGAAGCGCACCGCAGCUGACGUCCGAGUACGGCGGGGUCGCCGUCUCGCAGCUGCGCCGUGCGCACCCGUCUACGAGUACGAGUGGUGGAGAGGCAGAGGAGGAAGCCCCGCGGCGGUACCCGUCGCGCAGCCCAAUGCUGAGUCUGCAGAGUGCGUUGCUGCUGAGCACCGAUGGCGGGUCCGACAGCGACGAAAGCGUGGACGUGUUCACCCCGCACUCCUGUGUUGCCUCUGUUGGAGCUGGAGGGGGCAGCACCGCGAAUGGCACGAACUUGAAUAAGAACGCGAACAGCACCUUUGCGAAUAGCACCAUCAGCGGCGGCAGCACCGCGCCAGCGGAAGGGGUGCGUGACCGCAUUGGGCAGCUGACGGGCUGCGGCGGCGUGCGCAGCGCUGCGCGGGUACGCAGCGCGGCUCCACCCCUCAGCGCGCCCCUCUGCCUGGGUACCGUUCCCAGCGACAAUAGCAAGAACAACAGCCGUGGUGUUGGUGGCCAGGACGAGGGAGCGGAGGGAGAUCAGAUCUCUCCGGUGAGCCACACAGCCCACUUUGCUGCCGACGAUGCGGAGAUGGCGGAGACGGACGGGUCACCGUCCACGCAGCAACCGCAACAGCAGGGGCACUCCUGGGGCUCUCAGCUGCACCCACGCCGACGGCGGGUGUGGCCAUCGAUUUUACUCUCCGGCACGGACGACGACAGCGGCAGUAACAACAACAACGAGUGUGCCAGCGCCAAGACUGACGGCGUACGCCACGACGAGGACAACGAUGAGGAAGCAGCAGCAGCAGCAGGGGCAGGAAGAGACAGCGCACCUCCGGUGCCACGCGCAUCUCGGCCUCGUAGAACACCCGUCGCAGGUCCGGAAGUUGGGGGUAUCAGCCCGGUGCUUGCGCCGUUGGUCUUCAUGAAAAAUCGAACGGCACCUCCGGUGGUGGAGGAGACGGCGGUGGACCGGACGCGAUCGACGGCCCCCUGGCUGGCAAGCACAAACACCGCGGCGAGUACGCCCACAGCGGCGAUGAAGACCGCCGUGCCGUCACUACUCGCACAGCGCCCGGAGGGUAGUGGGACUUCACCAGACGGCGGAGGGAGUCCAUCGCUUGCGGGACCUCGCCCGGCCACACUCACGCAGGGAAGGCAUGCCAAAACGACCUAUGAAAACAAAGCGGACGCGACGACGACAUCGCCGCAGCGGAACGCCGCGCCGCCGGAGACGGCCGCGAACAUCAGCUUCGCAUAUCACCCCCUCACGAUGGACGAGCUGUCCGCGCAGAACGCGACACCGCCAAACAGCAACAUCGUCAGCCGCUCCGCCUUCACGAUUCGCAGUGGGUGUACCAGCGCACUGACCAGCAAUGCGGACAACCAUUUUGGCGACGCUACUGCUGCUGCUGCAGCUGCCCGUGGCGAGGAGAGUGCAAGCGCAAAGGAGGAACAGCUGGCAGUGGUGGUGACGGACCCGGCUCAGGGGUUUAGCAGCGACAGCGGCCUCCGUGCCGUCGCGGAGACCUUUCGCGGUGGUGGUGGUAGUGGAUUGUGUUUGAUAGACGCGCAACUGCCGGAAGUACACGCGACCACGCCAAUGGCGGCUGCUGCUGCUGACAUCGGAGAAGCUCCACGCGUGCUAUCGGUGGUCCCGACCACACACGUGCACGUCGGGUAUGUGUCCAGGGAUGGCGCAGUCGGUGCGCGGACACCGAAGACGCUGCCGGUGCCUACCACGGUCACAUCGUUCAGCAUCAACAACAGCAGCGACAGCAGCGGUGGUGGCCAGCAAGCGGUGGUGGCCUCGCGCGCCUUCGCGACGAUGGGGCACGAGGAGCAAAGGAACCGCGACUGUGCAGAAGGGGAAUUGCGUCGGGCUGCGGCAACCCGGCCUUUCUUCACGCCGACGACGGUGCUUUCUGCAAUUCCGCCUGUCAUCGCACCCCCGGAGCGCGACAGCGACGAGGAGGGGGACGAGGAGGCACCUGCGCGGAGUGGGCAGCUCGACUCUGACGACAGCUCCACCGACAUCUCCGCCACCCACCUGCAGCCGUGGGCGUCUCCCUUCUCCCCUGGCCCGGGCGCCGCAGCAUCCCCGACGAUGUGGCUGCCAGCAGCGUCCUGUCGCACCUCGCCGUCUGCCGGUCCGAGCAUUCUGAUUUCGUCUCGUAAGUGGCAUGGAAGCAGUGCCCAGACCACGCCGACACCGCCUCCUUACGUGCCCCUCAACUCCGCGGAGGCGCUUACGAAGCAGCACGGAGGGGAGCUGAACAACACCGACGGCGAAGUCACCGGGGCGACCAUGUUCUCCAUGUUGGAGGCGAGCGCGUCGGAGCCACGGACCGUUUCCACCGCCGCCGCGACAGCAGCAGCGGCAGCAGCAGCGGAGGUAUACGGACGGCACCGAGGCGUCCGCCGCCUCCACCACCCGUCCUUCACGACGACAACGCCGACAAACGAAGAGCGAGGCGAGGAGACGAAGGCGGAAGCGGAAGAAACAAGUCUGGUUCGACCGCACUCACCCUUCUUACUAGUGCCACAGAAGCCGCCGCCUUCAGCGUCGCUCGCUGCCCCGCACGGCCGACACAGCAUCCCGCCCGCUAACGUGAAAGAGGGCACAGCGGACGUCGCGGCGCAGGGCGACGGUAUCGCAUCUCCAGAUCCACCGCACCCCCCACAGCAGCUGCUGCCAGCACCGCCAGCACCAACACCCGCUUCUGCGCAUCGCCGACGCGUCUCCUUCCGCGAUAAUCUGUCCGAGGAGGCCACGCUUUCGCCGCCGCGGCGGAUAUCGGAUGGGGGGCUGGGGCUGCUCACGGCGGCAGCGAAAGCGGGGCCAGCUGCAUCACGGCCGAUGAUGCUUGGUCGAUCUUCUCCGCUGGGUACGGCGGCGGCGUCACCGGUGACCUCGCCAGCCGGUGCGAGCGGCCUUGUUUUGCCGCACCCACCGCCGUUCCUCAUGCAACUCCCCCUCCCACCGGCACCACCACCGGCAGCCACCACCAACGCCUCCACAGCAACCCCCUCGCUGUUCCACAGCCCCAGACAGCACAGCAGCAGUAACAGCGGUAGCAACAGCAAUCCCUCUCCCAUCCUCGUUCAGAGCGCACCAGGCCAACUACACGCGCAGCUGUCGACAAGCGCAUCCCCCCAAAGUAUGGUGAGUGCCAACGGCAACAGCGGCGUCGGCGUCAGUGACCAUCCCAACCCCCAUCAUUCUUCUUACGCUCACGGCGGUACGAGCAGCCAUACUAACGUGGGUGGGAAGGGGACGGAGCCCGCCUUGUCGCCGGCCGCCGCCAUCCUACUCGCCCACACACUUCAGUAUACCGCUACAACGAAGACGCCCUUCAUGUUGGCGGAGGCCGCUCCGCCCGCCGCACGGGAUCCGGACGGCGUUCGAGAAGGUGCAGAGGCAACCGGAGAGAGGUGUUCUGCACGGCAGCUGACGCCCUCCGCGAGUCGGCGCAACGCCGCACGGGGAAGUGGCACGUCGGGGCGUAGCGUGAGUAGUGGGGCACCUCUGCGUCUUCACACGUUCGACUGGGCCGGCACGACCGUGGGGAGUGCGAUGACGAUGGAAAGCAACAGCUUCCUGUCAUCACCGACGGACAGCGAUGUGUGA